AUGUCGUCUCCGAUCCGCAAUACCCAAUCGCCACCCCAACACAACAACCCUUGGCAGCACGAGGCCCCGCACAUGAAUCGUCCCGAUGCUUUCUCAGCGAACGCAAACAUCAGAACUCACUCGAGACAACAUGAUUCGAGGAGUCGUGGGCGUCAAACACCGCGCCAGGAGGAUGAAAGGCGACCCGCGGACGAUGAUGACGGCGAUGUACCGAUGUACACGGCCAACGAAGUAAGCCGUUUUUUGGCGGAGGCGUCGGUUCCAGCGUUGUACCAAGGAAAAACUCCCGGUCAGAUCGUCUCCAACGUCGUUUCAAGGAUGUCGAACUUGGAUAAACUGCAGCCGAGUGGGUCCAACUUCGCCGUCUGGGAGUUAAUGAUGCGUGAACGAGCCCUGGAGAUAUUCGGAGUACCAACCUGGUACUCAAAACUCUGCAAUGACCCGAUUCAAGAGCAAAUCGGCCGAUCCCUUCUCUUGGCAACGGUCGAUAGCAACAUGCACCGAAGCAUCCUUUGUCAGUCGAACUGCUUCCAAAUGUUCCAAUAUCUCAACUCGCGGUUUUUCACGGUCACCAGGGCAGAACAAAUGACAUGCUGGGACCGUCUGACCAACUUUAAAAUGAGCGACUAUUCGAACAGCGCCGAAGCCGUCUCUAAACUCUUCGAAAUAUUGGACGACUUCAGCAGCUUUGGGAUCGACCUCAACCGUGAGACGAUAGGAGGUAUGGCACUUCAAGCCUCUUUGGAAGCGGGCUCAGAAUGGCGUCGGGAGGUAGAUCGUCGUGUCGAGCAGGACCUGGGUGGAUCGAGCCGAACUCUCCCCAAAAAGGCGGUUACGCCCGAUCAAAUCCUCAAGCAUAUUGACAUCCCUGGCCUGCGGCUCCACCUGUCCAAGGCUUAG